UCCCCGGAACGCUGUCGCUGAAGUACGUGUACCAGUGAACCCUACAUUUCUCAAGAAAACUUCGAGAUUUCAAAACUUCGGUUUGCUUUUGGAAGUAUGAUCUCAUAAGAUUUAAAGAUAAGUGAAGCCCAAUCAAUCCUGUACGAACACGAAAGUAACGAGGAUGGACCAUGAGACUGAGGCCAUUUCGUUCUUUGUCGCCACGGAACCCCGCACAUUCCGACCCAAUGAACCAGCCCGAUUGGGAUGGGAACGACACAUCAUUUACAAAAACCGGCGUUGGCCCAAUCACUUGGGAUACGGAGCUGCCAUGAUCUUUCUCAAACUCAGUGAUGGAAGGAUCGUUCUGACCAACGACCUUUGGGCCGGUGGGACGAGCGACUCGCAAAACUACAUUGUCGCACAACUACCACCCAAUGCGCUCAUUGGUGUCAUUCUUUCCGAGACGCGUAUUUGUCAGCCCAAGACAAAGGCAGCGCUCCAGGGGCUCUUGGAACUGUUGAAACGCCCCCUUGAUCCCAUCAUCCACGUGCACUCCGUCUGGCGGACCAAGACGGGUCUCACUGACGAGCAAGCUUGGGAUCUUGCCGGUCCGGGUCCUCAGAGCACCAAAAUCGUUGGCAAAAAGAAGGCGGGUAAAAACAAGCAGACUUUGCCACAGCUACCUCAAGUGACGAGACGAACCCAUCAAGGCCAACACAUGCAGUCGACUUUUUACUCUCCUGAGAAUGCCAUUCUGACACACAUCAAGUUACCGGGUCGUAACAUUCAACCCUUCCUGGGACCAGAGCAAUUGCAAGGAUUGGAUCCAUCGACGAGCCCAAUAUUCGUACUGUACCGUAGUGGUGACACUGAUGACGGUCUGUUGGGUGGUACGAGAAGAGGAUUGGGGCUUCAGAAUGGCGACACCAUAGACGAGACGUACGUGUACGAGCUGGAAGAUUGGACUGGCCAUCACAGUUGACGCUGUGAAAUUUGCGCCUUUUACGUGUUUGGGUUGUAUUGGCAAUUACUAGCUAGUAGUAGAGUUCAAGAAGUAGCCAAGCUAGUCUAGCAUUGCUUGAUUAUGCGAUGAUGUUCGUGUUGUUGUUUGUACAUGGCCACCAGCUCCUUCAAAAAUUUGG